AAGUGGUUGAUCACAACAAACAAAUUCAUAGAAACAUCAAACGUAUCAAUAUCUAAAGUAAAAUGUCAGGGAAGAAAAAUGUUGUUGUUUUUGUGGUUGUGAUGGUUUUUAGUUUGUUCUUGACCACAAUGAAUGCAAUCCAAAUUGAUGACAUCACAUGCAGCGAAGCUCUAUUCUCCUUGAUUCCAUGUGUGCCUUUUUUGGAGGGUUCUAACCCACCAACACCAUCUCCUACUUGUUGUUCAGGAGCAAAUAAUUUAUACCAAAAGGCCAACACCACUCAAAUUCGAAGAAAUAUUUGUAAAUGUUUUAAGGCUGCUUCCACAAAAUUUGGAGUUAACCCUGAUAGAGCAAAACAACUCCCAGGACUUUGUAGCAUCCCUCUUUCUUUUCCAUUUGAUCCUAAGGCUGAUUGCAAUACGAUUCCAUGAUGCUACCCAAGGGGUACAAUGUGAAGGAAGCUUGAAGAAUUACACCCAAGAAAAUAGCAAUAAGGAUGAUAAAAAUUGUAACAAUUCAUUUAGUUGUUUGGUUAUGUUCUGUAAUUUGAAAAUGACUUGUCACUACUAGAAAUCAGCGGUUUUUUUUUUUUAGAUUUUUUUUGUGGCAUUAUUUCCGAAAGGAAUACUUGAGAAAAAACAAAAAUAA